UGAAAUGUGCAAAAUGAGGAAAUGAUUUAUGAUAAGAUUAAGAGACCAUUGCUUCUUAAAGUACAUUCGAAACAUUCGUAUUUUCGUGUUAGUUCCUUGUGAAGCAUCAAUCAUGAUUGGAUACAUGACAAUAGUAGCUGUGGCAAUUUUUGCAACAGCUGUACCAUCGAAUGGUCUGUCAUCGCGAAUAGUUGGAGGAGCGACUGUAUCACGUUUUGAUGAAAUACCCUACCAAGUGAGCGUUCAAUUAAAUGGCAGACACUAUUGCGGAGGUGUUAUAAUUUCCGAAACAUACGUUCUUACGGCAGCUGCUUGUGUCUCAGCUGGUGGUAUUAAUCAAUAUAGCAUAAAAUCUGGAACAGCCAAUUUACAAUACGGCGGUACAAUUCACAGAGUCUCGCAAAUAAUUAAGCAUCCCUCAUUUUACGUAAACAGUGACAGCAUUCCAGUGAAUGAUAUCGCUAUUAUUAAAAUUCAAAAUACAUUCUCCUUCGAUGGAUCACGAGAUGCAAUUCCAUUGUUGAACAAACCAGCAUUGGUUGGAAGUUUUGCUAAAAUUUCCGGAUGGGGUUGGAUGAAUUCGACAUUUCCAAGUCAAUUGCAAAAGGGAAAUGUGAAUAUUUUGAAUACAAAUUAUUGCAGUAAAACACAUUAUCAAGGACGAUUACCAGCGGGUCAGAUAUGUGCUGCUUUAACCGGACAAGAUGCAUGCCAAGCUGAUGCUGGUGGUCCAUUAGCUGUUGGGGUUCAUCUCGUUGGAAUUAUUUCUUGGGGCAAGGGUUGUGCCCUUGGUCAAUAUCCUGGUGUUUAUACGGAAAUAUUCUAUCAUCGAAAUUGGAUCACUGCUCAGACGGGUAUUAAAAAUUAGUAUUAAAAACCCUUCUUAAUUCGAUUGCGAAAUGAAAUUAAAACUAAAAUUAAAAUUGGAAAUAAAAAUUGAAAUGAAAAAUGGAAAUUAUAAACUUAGAAAAUUUACCAAUGUAAAUUUGAUUAUUUGUUAAAGUAAUAUAAAUUCAGAAACAUCUGCCAACUUUAAUGUGUAUAUUUAAAAUUUGUAUUGUUAUUAUUUAGGUAAUAAGUGAGAAUUGUUUUGUAUUUUUAUUAAUUUAAAUAAAUGUAUUUGGAUAAAAA